AUGAAUACGGACUCGGAGCGAUAUCGUGCAAGUGAACACAAAGAUAUUGAUUCACUAGAGCUAAUCCUGAGCAAGUUAGAGUUAGCGCCUACACCCGAUCCUGAUAGGGACUUGACCGCAGGAAGACACUUGCCCAUCCUCAGGAUCAAUAACAAGACAAGACUAGCCCGAGAAGUGUGCGCUAAUCCUGCUCCUAAACUUGCUAUUGCUGUCCAUUCUUCUUCCUUUCUUUACUUUGCUUUUGCUCCUACCCUGUCAGCCAAGGUCUUUAUUAGUCAAGAGAUAGCUAUCGAUGAGGCAUCUUCCUUGCAAGCAUCGGAGAAUGUGAAAAAGAAUGUACUAUUCCUUCUAAACAUAGAAGGCACUACCUCCAGGGCAAAGGCUUUGAUAAAGAUUUCCUGUUCGAGGCCUAAAGACUCAGUUACGGAUACUUCACAUCCUUACGUAACGACUGCUAAUUCAAGUCUUCCUUGCAAUGUUCAAAGCGCUGUCGCACCUCUUUACCCGAGAAAGCAAGGGGAUAUAUUCACUAUUCGGAAGGCGAUCCCGGUAAGCAAGCUAGUUUGGUUACCGUAUGGAGCCGACCUUUUCAACGUAUGGGAGGGUUUUGUUCAACCCGACCUUCCACCCAGUAGCUUCAUGCUACCCAAGCCAAUUAGAGGCCCUCUCGAAUGGAAGGACGCAUAUGUGCCUUCUUGUCUAAGAAAGCUGUUUACCAUAAGCAGGAGUUUCUCGAUAUCAGAUCUUGAAACAAAGACGGACAUUUCUAACGAUUCAAACAGAAGGAUUGAUGCAGCCUUAGCUGCUGGUGCUCGGGCGAGUGAAAUGGGCAUUGUGAGCUCUCCUUACCUCCUUAGCAACCUUCUCGAUGCGCGGAUUCCAUGCAAAGCAAAGGAUCUCAAUCAGGGUGGAAGCCCACGCCACGCGCAUUCAGCUAAAAAGGGAAGUCUGACAGUUCAUUCAUACGCGAAGCAUCUUGAAUCCCCUGGAGCAGCCAUAGAGACCACCGACCGAACCUCUGGAAGAGAAAGACAAGACGCCCCAGCAACCCCAAUGGUAUGGAGCGCCAAUGGCAGUGAAAGAAGGAGGCGUAACGUUGUCAUAAUCAGGUCAUUUUCCUGUGGUUCCCCGCCAAGGGCUUCAAAAGCAACAGCAGACGCGGAGCAGCAAAGAGCCGUAAAGAGCGUUCAAGCUAGCUCUUCAGAUGGACUUGGGUUUGGGUGCGGCGGCUACGGCACGCACCGCACACAACCAAACCAACCAAUCUGGACUAUAGCAGAAUCAACUACCUUCCGAUUGGAAGAUGCUGAGUACGACGUUGGACAUCUCAUUGAGUCAAUUCUGAAUGUGAGAUGUGAAUCAAGCGCAGUUCCUCAUAUCACUCAUAACUUGUUUGAUAACGCUAUCAGCAUCGUCACCCUUAUGAAGGAACAGUCUGAGGUCAGGCAGGGUACGACGCCCAUGAGAAAGGGCAGCCCAAGCUACUUCCCUGAUCGAUCUCUAAAAGUGCCGUAG